AUGCUACCUCCACAAAAUAAUACUGUAGAGGCUUAAGCAAAUCUGUUUGAAAAUGAACAAAAUUAACAAUUAUAAUAAUGCUUUGAAUUAAAGAUGAAUAUUAUAUUAAUGGCUACAGAAAUUGAGAGAUUACAUAAAAUUUUAGUAAACAAAAAGGAUUAUUAUGAAAAAAAGAUAUAAGAUUUAAUUGAUAGAGGUAUUAUAUCCAAAAUAAAUAUUAGAGCUUCAAGACAAGGAAUAAAUUGCUAAAUAAGAAUAAGCUAUUACUGAAUUAAAUCAAUAAAUUCUAUAGAAGAAUGACUUUAUUACUUAAAUUUUACAAGAAAAGUAAUAUAAUAUAUCUAUAUUAAGGUCUCAAUAAGAAAUGAAUCUAUUAAUAAGUUAGUAAUUAUUUGUUAUCAAUACAUAAUAUAAAAAUGCUGAAAUUUACAUUCAAGAAUUAUAAAAAGAAAAUUAGUUGUUAAAAUAAUAGUUUGAAGAUGCUCCAUCUUUAAGAUAAAAACUUUAUGACUUGGAAUAAUGGUAUGCUAAAUUAAUUCAAGAAAAAAAUGAAGAAAUCAAUUUAUUGAAAACACAUUAACCUCACAUUAUUUAAUAUGCACCUCAACUAAAUAUCAUUAAUUAAAUUUUAGACUAAAAAGAAAGAGAAUUGCUAUAAUGGUAAUAUAGUUCAUAAUAUGUCAAUUUAUACCGUGAGAACUAAAAAUUAAAUUAAGAGCUCAAAUUUUUAAAUGACAAAUUGAAUUUACUAUUAUUCGACAAUGAACAUUUAAAUAAAAGAUUAGCAGACAUUUAAUCUCAACCCUCUAACUAAACUACUUAACCAUAAUAUGCAACUCUUAGGGGAGACUCUCAAUGCACAGCUCCAAUAUUAUACGAUUACUAGAAUACCAAAACACCUAGAAGAUAUAAAUAAUAAUACUAAUCAAUCAUUCCUACAGACUUUACUAAUACAUCAUUAUUAAGUUAUAGAAUAAUAAAAAGACCUCAGUCAGUUGGAUCAGGAAGCUCAUUACACUUUUUGGGAUAGGCACCCUAAAUAGGUUAUCCUCAAUAUUAACAUUCUCCAAGAUAUUCUAGGAAAUCACUUUAAAACAAUUCUGCUUAAUUCAACGAAUUAUUAAGAUAAAUUUAGAUUAUUUAAAACUAACCUAUCCUUACUAUUUAAAAUAUUGAAACCCAAAUUUAAUUUUUAAAUCAUUUGUUAUUAAUUAAAAGAUAAGAAUUGCCAACUCAAACAACUCCUCCAAGAUAAAUUUACCAAAUUUUGAAAACUUAAGAAAAUGAGAGAACAUCAAGUCCAAACUACUCGCCUUCUCAAUAAAUUAUUAUGAAAUAACCAAUAAAUUACUUAUAACAAUCCACUUAACAACAACUUAUUCCCUAAACAGUUAGAUUGCUCCCUCAUAAUCAGCUAUAAUAUCCUAAUAAUAUUAUUAAAUAUCGAUCUUUUUCUGCUGAAACUAAAAGAGAGCUCUCCCCUAAUGCUGUCUAAUAUUAAUAGUAACUAAUCCCACAAACUUCGCUAUAAUUUAAUUAAUCAUAAUAAGUUCAUCAAAUUCAAUAUAAAUGUUCCCCAAUUUAAAAAUCUAUUCCAUAAUCAAAUCUAUUAAAUACAAUCCCUAAAUAAAUAUAACGAAGUUUUUCUCCUUAAACUGUUUAAUAUAUGCCUUAUUAAACGUAAUCUUAAGCACCUUAAACUAUUAGAUUUUAAGAUUUGAAAUAAUAUCAUUCAGUUAAUCAUUAACAAUAUUAAGAUCCAUAAUAAUAAUAUUUCACCUAAUAAUAAUAAAAUCUGGUUAAUUAGAAUUUUAUAUCAUAAUCAUAUCCAUCCCUACCUACCUAAUAUGGAGCAUAUUCAUAUAACCCAAGUGAUUAAAAUAAAUCCCCCAUCCAUAUAUUAGCUUAUCCUUAUGAUUACUCUCCACAAAAACCAGAAGAUUAAAAUAAGACCAGGCAGCUAUAAUAACCUAUAUCAUAACAUCCAAAUGAAUUAUUUAUGACUCCAAACACUGUCAGAAAACCAGUCAUAUCAAGUAGCAAUUCUUCUUUGCCUUUUUCUUAAGUUAGAAACCCCCUCAAAAGGGAAUAAUAAGAACCUUUAAGUAUACGGAAAUAAAAGGAACCUAAACAUCAGAGUAAUAACUCUCUCCCUGCUUAAAUAUAAUAAUCAGCACCAAUAGAUAGUUCUUAAGUUGAACCCUUUGAAUUAUGCAAUGCACCAUAAGAACCUGAAGAUUAACAAAAAGAACCAGAAGAAUAAUUUAAAUAACCUGUAAAGCCAGAAGAAAUUAAAAAAUCUCCUUAACUCUAAGAUCCUGCUGAAUAAACUAAAUAUAAAACUCCUCAAUAAUAAUAGCCAAAUGAUUAACCUAAAUAGGAUGAAUAAUUUUAAUAACCUUAAAAUCCUAAUGAUUAAAGUAAAAACACUCAAAAUCCAGACAAUUUAUACAAACAACCAUAAAAACCUUAUAUUCACUUAAAUAAAUAAUAGGAUCCAAACUCUUUGAGUAAAUAACAGUAAAACUCUUAAUUGUAAAGCAGACAGCCUAUUCCUUAAAAUUUAGAAAAUCAAAAGAAUGAAUUAUCAUAACCUUAACAAAUAAGAAGAAAUCAGCCAACCAGUAUUAGAAAAAGCUAAGAAAAUUAAGAGUUUGCUCUCCUUCAAGAUCCUGAAGAGCUAAGAAAAUAUCAACAGGAAUUAGAAAGACUAAACAAUCUAUUAAAUUAGGCUAAAUUAGAGAAUGAAAAGCUUAAAUAACUAUUUCAAUAAAAUGAUUUGAAUUGGUAAUAGUAAUUCUAAUAGAAAUAUACAACUGCAUUAAAUUAGUUGUAACUAUUUGAAAAUAAGUUGACCAUCUAAAAUAGAGAGUAUAAUUAAAAUAUUGAAAAAUAAUAAACCAAUUUUAAUUAACUGCAAUAAAAGUAUGACGAACAAAAGUUAGUCAUAGAAAAGUAAUUAAAUGAAAUAAAUCAAUUGAAGCAAAAUUAAAAUGAAAAAAGUAAGAUGGUAGUUUAAAAUGAAGUCUAAAGAGAUGAUCUAUAAAAAUAAUUAAUAGAUCUUUAAAAAUAAUAUGCUGAUUUAUAAACCAAAUUUAAAACCUAAAAUGAUGCUCAAUUAUAAAAUUUAAACAAAAUAGCUCAAUAAGGUGAAAGUAUAUCAAAUUAUGAAAAAUAAUUAAAAUAAUAAACUUCAAAAUACUCUGAAUUGAGUGCAGAUUAUAUUCAAUUAAAACAAAAAUUUGAUUAAUUGUAAAAAGAAUCAACUUCAUCUAAAUUAUCAUAAUCAAAGGAGAUAAAUUAAUAUUAACAAUAAAUUACAUAACUCUAAUAGUAAAUUAAUGAAACUACAAAAUAACUGAAAGAUAAGGUGAAUUCACUUUAAUCUCAAUUAUUAUUAGAACAAGAACAGCAUUUAAUCCUUAAAAAGUAAUAUGAAAACUUUUAAAGAGAUUUCAGCAUACAAAAAACUUAGAACAUUGAAAUUUAAAAUUCAAAUAACACUUUAAGAUAGUAAUUGAUUGAAAAAGAAUAAAAACUAAAAGAAAUUUAGAUAAUUCUUAAUUCUAAAACAUAAGUAAUUCAAUAAUUAGAAAUUUAAGUAAAAGAUGCAUAAGUAUAAAAUAUAACUACUUCUUAAUAAACUUAAUCAUUAAAUCAAAUUUAGGUUGAAAAUUUGAAAAAAUAAUUAUAAUCAGAACAAUAAAGAGUUAAAGAGUUAAAUGACUAGAUUUCUAAACUUCAAUAAUAGAUUUUUUCAUAAGAACAAUAAUUAUAAGUUAGAAAAUAAACCAAUAUUAAAGUUACUGAAGAAAUUUAGAAUACUAAAAAUAUAAUCUAAAGCGAUUAUUAAUAAGAAAAACAAUAAUUAUAGGAUGAAAAUAGAGAUUUAUUAUAAAAAAUUAAGAAAUUGGAAUAAAUAUUAUAAAAGGAGAGGGAAAAUUACAAUUAAAGUUAAUAAUAUAUUAAAGAUAUUUAAAAUAAAUAUUAGACGAACUUAACAAAAUCUUCUUAAGAAAAUGAUGAAUAAUUAAAAAAUCUCAAAUCUUAAAUUGAAUAACUCAAAUCAUAAAACCAAAAUCUUUCAAAUUAGAUUGUAGAUAUGAAAUCUAAUUAUGAAAUGUAAAUUUCAACAAUCAAUACAAUGACAUCUUCUAAAGUUAUAACUUUAGAAAAGUAAUUAUUCUUUGAAAAAGAGUAAAAGGAAAAUUCAUCAACUAGAAUUCUCUAACUUGAAAAACAAUUAGCUGAUUUUUAGAAUAUUAUUAAAUCAGACUAAACAGAGGAAUUAAGAGGUAAAAUAAAUUAACUAGAAAAUUAAAUUUUGAAAUUAUAAAAAGAGAGAGAUACAAUAUUAUCUAGUAAAUAAAGAGGGGAUGAAGAAAUUAAAAUUCUGAGUAUUAGAAUCAGUGAAUUAUCCAAUAAAAACAAUCAAAAUGAAUUAGAAUUGUCAAGUCUUAGGUCUAAAUAAAAUAAUUAUAUUGAAUCUACUUCAAAUUUGACUACAUUAAAUUAAUAAAUUUUGAUUUUAUAACAAGAAAAGUAAUCCUAAAUUAAUGAAAUGACUUUAAUGAGAUAACAAAUUGAAAAGAAUAAAUAAGAUCAUGAGUUCUAAUUAGCUAAAAUAAGGAGCGGUUUCAAUAAAGAUCUUGAGAGUUAAUAAGACAUUAAUAGAAAAUAUUAGGAUGAAAUUCUUAAUAUACAAAAUGUAUUAUAAUUUGAAAAAAGAGAUAGAGAAUUUGCAUAAAAAAGUAAAGUUCAGGCUGAUGAAAUGAUCUUAUAACUUAAUCAAGAAAAACAGAUGCUUCAAGAUUAAAUAAUCAAAUAAAAGAGUUAAAUAGAGUAACUAUAGUUGGACAUCAAUAAAUUACGUUUGAGCUAAAAAAACAGCAAUGAUGAACAAAAUUUACUUUUAUAAUAGUAAAUCUUAAACAAUAAUAAUCAGAUAGAUAAUUUAAAAAUUAACAUUUAAAAAUUAAAUAAAGAAAUUGAAAGACUAAAUUUAUAAGUUUAGUAAAUGAAUGUUAUAAGGGCUGAUUUAGAAAGUGAAAAUUUCAAUCUAAAGCAAUAAAUUUAAUAAGUUAAAUAAAAAAAUUAAACUAUUCUCUAAGAAAAUGAAAAUAAUGUUAUUGAAUUAAGAUCAGUAGCUAAUAAUUCUGAAGAUUAAAUUCAAGAUUUGACUUUAAAAUUAGAACAAUAAAUUAAAGAAACUGAAAAAUAUUAGAAUGAUGCUCUCAAUAAUGAUUAAUUAGCUUUAUCUCUCCAAAAAAAGUUAUCUGAUGUAAAUCUAUAAAAUUAAAAGAUUAAGUAAUAAUAUGAAAUGUAAAUAUAAGAACUUAUCAAAAAAAUUAAUGAAUAGGAAAGGUUAGAUUAAUAAACACUACAAAAAACAUAAGCAUUUCCAUAGAUAUAAAAUAUUCAUUUAAUUUAAGAAAAUGAAGAAUUAUUAAUGAAGAUUGGAUAAUAUGAAUAAAUGAUAAAGUCCUUAUAAGAAGAAUCUUACAAAUAAUAAAGUGAGCUUUAAAAAAUCACAAAAGAAUAUAAUAAUAUUAUAAAUCAGUCAGAAAAAACAGUAGUAACGAUUACUUAAUACUAAUUGUAAUAAGAUAAUAUUAAAAGGAAAGAAGAUCAAAUAAAAUAGUUGUAAUAAUAAAUCUAAGAUUAUUAAAAAAAAUUAGACUCUGAAAGGAAUAGAUACCAGGAUGAAAAUAAUAGAUUAGCAGUUAAAAAUUAAGAAUUGUCAAACUAAUUGUAAAAUAAUCUUAAUAAAUAAAUAAUUGAAGAAAAUUUCAAUUUGAAAAAUUAGAUACAAUAAUUAUAAUAAGAAUUAAAGAAUACACCAAUUAAGGAAACUAUUAUUUAUUAAUCUGCUUCUCCGUCAAAAAAGAAUGAAGAAGAAAUUGCUAAAUAUAAAUAAUAAAUUAACUAAUUAUAAUUUAGAAUGAAUUAAAUGGCAAGUGAUUAUAAUUUAUUAGAGCAGCAAACUGAAAUGGAAAAGCUUUAAUUAGAAAAACAAAUAAAGAAUUUAUAAGAAUACUAAUAAAAAUUAUAAAACGAAAAUAACCAAUAGUAAAGAUAGAUUGAAACAUUUUAGAGAUAAAUUCAAUAAUUAUAAAUGAAUCGUUCAAAUGAUUUGAGUCAAGAAUUAGAAUUUGAAAUAAAAAAAUAAAAAUCAUAGCUUGAGAUUAGUUAGUUGUAAUGCAAGCAAAUUUAGGAAGAAUUGAUAUCGGCUAAACAUCAAAUUAAAUAAUAUAGAGAUGAUUUAGCAGAUGAACAAAAUCAGAAAAAUUAAUUGAAUCGUCAAAUUCUAUAGUAAGAAUAAAUUCUAUCUGAACUUAAAAUACAAAAUAAACCUUAAUCAUCCAUCAUAAGUGAAACGACAAUAAUAAGAGAAUAAAAAUAAGACUAAUUAUUAUAGUAGAAGAUUAAUCAAUUAAAUACAGAGAACAUUUCUCUUAAAAAUAAAUUAUAAAAUUUAGAGGAAGAAUAGAUGUAAAAGUUUAGAUUGCAAUAAAUAAAAAUUCAAGAAUUAACUAAUAGAUUAAAUGAAUAAAUGGAAGAAAGUAUUCAUAAAGUAAAUAUACUUGAAGAAACAACAAUAAAUAGCAUAUCGAAUGAUUAAUCUUCAGAAAUUAGAAAAUUAAGAGAUGAAAAAUUAUUUUUAUAAUAAGAAUUAUAAAAAUUACAAAUUUAACAAAAGAAAUAAAUUGAGGAAGUAAUAAAUGACUAUGAAUUUAGAAUUGAAUAAUUUAAGCUUACAAUAAUUGAUUUAAAAGAAAAAAAACAGGUUGAGACUAAUAAUGACAAGAACUUAUUAAAAGAAAAUUAAAUGUUAGCUGAUUAAGUUAAAAACACAUAAAAUUAACUUGAUUUGGUUAGAUAGUAAAUUUAAGAUUAUUAAUUAUCCAUAUCUUAAAAUAAAAAUGAAUCUAAUAAAUUGCAAUUAUUAUAAAAGAAAAAUGAUGAAUUAACUUAUUAAUUAGAAAGAUCUUAAAAAAUGUAAACAAAUAAUGAGUAAAGUUUAAUAAAGGAUAAAUAAUUAUUGAAUGAUUAGAUUAGAUAAUUAUAAAAUGAAUUUGCAAUUGCUAAAAAUAAUGAAUAAAGUUUAAUAAAGGAUAAAUAAUUAUUAAAUGAUUAGAUUAGAUAAUUAUAAAAUGAACUUUCUAUUUCUAGAACUCAAAUUUAAGAUUAUCAAUUAUCCAUAACUUAAAAUACAAAUGAAUCUAAUAAAUUGCAAUUAUUAUAAAAGAAAAAUGAUGAAUUAACUUAUUAAUUAGAAAGAUCUUAAAAAAUGUAAACAAAUAAUGAGUAAAGUUUAAUAAAGGAUAAAUAAUUAUUGAAUGAUUAGAUUAGAUAAUUAUAAAAUGAAUUUGCAAUUGCUAAAAAUAAUGAAUAAAGUUUAAUAAAGGAUAAAUAAUUAUUAAAUGAUUAGAUUAGAUAAUUAUAAAAUGAACUUUCUAUUUCUAGAACUCAAAUUUAAGAUUAUCAAUUAUCCAUAACUUAAAAUACAAAUGAAUCUAAUAAAUUGCAAUUAUUAUAAAAGAAAAAUGAUGAAUUAACUUAUUAAUUAGAAAGAUCUUAAAAAAUGUAAACAAAUAAUGAGUAAAGUUUAAUAAAGGAUAAAUAAUUAUUGAAUGAUUAGAUUAGAUAAUUAUAAAAUGAAUUUGCAAUUGCUAAAAAUAAUGAAUAAAGUUUAAUAAAGGAUAAAUAAUUAUUAAAUGAUUAGAUUAGAUAAUUAUAAAAUGAACUUUCUAUUUCUAGAACUCAAAUUUAAGAUUAUCAAUUAUCCAUAACUUAAAAUACAAAUGAAUCUAAUAAAUUGCAAUUAUUAUAAAAGAAAAAUGAUGAAUUAACUUAUUAAUUAGAAAGAUCUUAAAAAAUGUAAACAAAUAAUGAGUAAAGUUUAAUAAAGGAUAAAUAAUUAUUGAAUGAUUAGAUUAGAUAAUUAUAAAAUGAAUUUGCAAUUGCUAAAAAUAAUGAAUAAAGUUUAAUAAAGGAUAAAUAAUUAUUAAAUGAUUAGAUUAGAUAAUUAUAAAAUGAACUUUCUAUUUCUAGAACUCAAAUUUAAGAUUAUCAAUUAUCCAUAACUUAAAAUACAAAUGAAUCUAAUAAAUUGCAAUUAUUAUAAAAGAAAAAUGAUGAAUUAACUUAUUAAUUAGAAAGAUCUUAAAAAAUGUAAACAAAUAAUGAGUAAAGUUUAAUAAAGGAUAAAUAAUUAUUGAAUGAUUAGAUUAGAUAAUUAUAAAAUGAAUUUGCAAUUGCUAAAAAUAAUGAAUAAAGUUUAAUAAAGGAUAAAUAAUUAUUAAAUGAUUAGAUUAGAUAAUUAUAAAAUGAACUUUCUAUUUCUAGAACUCAAAUUUAAGAUUAUCAAUUAUCCAUAACUUAAAAUACAAAUGAAUCUAAUAAAUUGCAAUUAUUAUAAAAGAAAAAUGAUGAAUUAACUUAUUAAUUAGAAAGAUCUUAAAAAAUGUAAACAAAUAAUGAGUAAAGUUUAAUAAAGGAUAAAUAAUUAUUGAAUGAUUAGAUUAGAUAAUUAUAAAAUGAAUUUGCAAUUGCUAAAAAUAAUGAAUAAAGUUUAAUAAAGGAUAAAUAAUUAUUAAAUGAUUAGAUUAGAUAAUUAUAAAAUGAACUUUCUAUUUCUAGAACUCAAAUUUAAGAUUAUCAAUUAUCCAUAACUUAAAAUACAAAUGAAUCUAAUAAAUUGCAAUUAUUAUAAAAGAAAAAUGAUGAAUUAACUUAUUAAUUAGAAAGAUCUUAAAAAAUGUAAACAAAUAAUGAGUAAAGUUUAAUAAAGGAUAAAUAAUUAUUGAAUGAUUAGAUUAGAUAAUUAUAAAAUGAAUUUGCAAUUGCUAAAAAUAAUGAAUAAAGUUUAAUAAAGGAUAAAUAAUUAUUAAAUGAUUAGAUUAGAUAAUUAUAAAAUGAACUUUCUAUUUCUAGAACUCAAAUUUAAGAUUAUUAAUUAUCCAUUACUUAAAAUACAAAUGAAUCUAAUAAAUUACAAUUAUUGUAAAAGAAAUAUGAUGAAUUAUUUCAAUAAUACGACAAAUAAAGUCACCUCAUUACUUAAUAUAAACAAUAAUUAUUAAAUAUAUAAAAAAACUAUGAUAAUAAAGAUUAAGAAUUAAAUUCUUUAAAAGUCAAAUUUUAAAAUCUAAAUAUUUAAUAAAAUUAACUCCAAAAUAAAUCCUCACCUAAUUUUAAAAAUGAUUAAGAAUAUUUCUCUCAAAUUUAGAAAUAAAUUGACAUAAGUACUUAAUAAACUAAAUAAUUAAAAGAAGAAAAUAACCGUUUGUAAACAAUUAUUUUAGAAAAGGGAGAAGAAAUAUAAAGUCUAAAUUAAAUUUCCAAAACCUUAGAACUUUAAAAUUAAGAUAUAAAUUUACAAAAUUCUAAGUUAAUUUAAUAAUUAAAUGAUCAUGAAAAAAUAUGCUGUCAACAAAAAGAAUGUUUAAAAUAUACAUCUUUAGAUCACAACAAGGGCCUACAACAAUAAUAUAAUAUUUUAUAAUAUGAAAAUUAAAAAUUAGAUGCUGAAAAUAAGAAAUUAAAUAAUAACUUAUUAAAAUUACAAUAAGAUUUAAUUAAUUAGGGAAAUGAAAAACAAAAGUUAUUAGAGCAAUAUCAAUAAGAAUCUUCUGCUCUGUAGAACUAAAUAAAAAGACUCAAAUAAUAAAUCUUAAAUCAACAUGAAAUAUAAAUAUAACAAGAGUAAAUUUCAUCAAAAAUUGAAAUUAAUUAGUCUAGUCAAACUAUGAAUUCCCCAAAAGUAAAGAAUAUUAGUAAAAGCUUAAAUAAAUCAAACGCAUCUUGUAAAUCAACGGAUGAUUUAAGAGGCAAAUAUUAUAACUGUUCACUUUAUACUACAAAUAACAAUGGAUAAAAUUAUUACGCAUCUUUAAGAGCCGUAAAAUCAAAAGGAGAUAUAUUGAUUUCUCAUGAAAAGAGUUAAUCAACUUCUGAAGAAGAUUUAAAGAAAUAAAUUAACCUUUGGCAAUAAAAAUAUGAAGAAUUACUAAGGGAAAGAUAUUCUAAACCAUAUAUGAUUACAUCUAAAUAGGAAAGAUUAAUUUAAGAAGUUGCUAUAUUAGAUGAAUCUGUGAAUUGGAAAUUGAAAUAUGAUGAAUUAUAAGAAUAAAUUUCAAAAUCAAAAUAAAAUACAAAUGAAAAAAUUAUUCAAUAAUUAAGAUUAAAAAAUGAAUUACUAUGUUCUGAGUUGUAUUAAAUUUAAACUGACUAUUAAUAAUUAAAAACUGAAAUUACUAUUAGUCAAUAGCAAUAAACUAACAAUAUGAAUUUUAAUAAUUAGAACUAAUAAAAAAUAAUAGAUUAAUAGAAUUAAAAGAUUCAUAAUUUACAAAAUGAAAUCGAUUAACUAAGAUAAAAGCUUAAAUAACUAGUUGAGAGCCAGAAUAAUUUAGAAAAGAAGUCUAAUAAUUAAUAGAACUAGUAUAUUUAAUAAUUAGAAGCAGAUAAUUACGAUUAUCAGUAAGAAAUAUAAUCUUUGUAAAUAGAAAUUAAGAGGUUAUAGGAAAGUAAUAAUUUGAUAAAAUAAUAAAUUAAUGAUUAAGUUAUUAAUUUAUAAUCUGGACAAGAUAAAAAUGAAAUAAAUAUAGAAGAAUAUUUAUAAUAAAUUGAAGUAUUACAAAGUGAAAUAGGUAUUUAAUAAAAUUAAAUAUUUUAAUUAUAAAAUUAAUUAAAAUAAUCAAAGAUUAAAGAAUCAGAAUUAGAAUAAAAGUUUAAGUUUGCAAUUGAAGACUUAGAACAUGUUUAGUAAAUGUAUAAUGAGCAAAGAUAAUCUUGUUAAGAACAAUAGAGAUAAUUAUAAAACUGCUAAUAAUAAUUAUAGCAAUAACUAUAAAAACAAUAAUUAUCAUAAUAGCAAUAGUAAUAAGUAUAAUAAUAGCAGUAAUAUUCAUAAAGGUAAUAAUUACAAGAAUAGUCAAGAAUAAUUGAAACUUAGACUGAAUAACAACCAAAUAAUCAAUAUGAGGAUUAAUAUAGAAAGAUCUUAUAUGAACUCAGUUUGAUAAAAUAAUAAAACUUGUCCUUGUAAACUUAAUUAUAAGAAUCAACUCAAAAGUAAAUUACAUUGAUGUAAGAAAUAAAAUAAUUGCAAAUUUAAAAUGAAAGAUUAAAUUUAAGUAAUGUUAGACUACAUAAUGAAUAAUAGAAAGUGACAACAUAAAGUGAUUAAGUAAAUAGAAUAAAUGAGUAGCUCAAAGAAUUAUAAUUUGAAAACUAAAAAUUGAGAAAUGAGAUUAUUUAUUUGCAACAAGAGAAGUAAUAAAUUAUUACUUCUUUCGAAUCUAAAUUAUAAUAAUAUUCAGCUAGUGCAAAUAAUAAAAUUAGGUAACAAUAAAUAGAAGAUCUAAAAAGAGAAUUAGCUCUAUUAAAGAGAGCAACCUUAAAAUCAUCUGGAAUUGACAUAGAUGCAGAAAGAUUGAGCUACACAACUUAAAUAACCUAAUUGAAGAAAUAACUUGAAUAUGAACAAAUAAAGAAUAAAGAAUUACAAUAAAAACUAUAAAAUUCUUAAUAAUAUUAAGUAUUAUAUUUAAAUUAUUUUAGUCUGAUUUUGGACUUGUAGAGAGAUUGAACAAAGAAUUGUAAGAUAAAAUUGUUGAAUUACACUAAGUUAAAUCAGAAUAUAGAAAUGCUAUAAAAAUGAUCCAUUCCUUAGAAGAAUAAAUAAUUGAAAGAAUGGAAAAAGAAUAAUACUCUUGAAA